GGUGCGGGCGGGGCCGCGGCCGCCAUCUGCGGACCCCGGAGGGCUGAGCGGCGCCGCCGCGGGCUCGGCCCGGCCGGGAUGGCGAUCCCCAUGGUGCCGAUGGAGACGCAGCUGCAGAGCAUCUUCGAGGAGGUGGUGAAAACAGAAGUGAUUGAGGAAGCUUUCCCUGGUAUGUUUAUGGAUACCCCAGAAGAUGAGAGAACCAAACUGAUCAGCUGCCUGAGCGCUUUCAGACAGUUCUGGAGCAGCCUUUCCCAGGACUCCCAUGAACAGUGUGUGCAGUGGAUUGUAAGAUUCAUUCACAGCCAGCAUAGCCCUAAAAGGAUCUCCUUCCUUUAUGACUGCUUGGCAAUGGCAGUAGAAACUGGACUGUUGCCCCCCAGGAUGGUUUGUGAGUCUCUGAUCAACUCUGAUACUCUGGAAUGGGAGAGGACACAGCUGUGGGCAUUGACCUUUAAACUGGUCCGGAAGAUCAUUGGCGGCGUAGACUACAAGGGUGUGCGUGACCUGCUGAAAGUGAUCCUGGAGAAAAUCUUGACCAUCCCCAACACUGUCAGCUCAGCUGUUGUGCAGCAGCUCUUGGCAGCAAGAGAGGUGGUAGCCUACAUUUUGGAAAGGAAUGCAUGCUUGUUACCUGCCUACUUCGCAGUUACAGAGAUCAGAAAACUCUAUCCUGAAGGAAAGCUUCCCCACUGGUUACUAGGUAAUUUAGUGUCGGAUUUUGUGGAUACCUUCAGACCUACAGCCAGAAUAAAUUCCAUUUGUGGUCGCUGUAGCCUUCUCCCCGUGGUAAAUAACUCCGGGGCCAUGUGUAACUCCUGGAAGCUGGAUCCCACCACCCUGCGCUUCCCUUUGAAAGGGCUCUUGCCAUAUGACAAGGAUCUGUUUGAGCCCCAGACUGCUCUGUUGAGAUACGUGCUGGAGCAGCCCUACUCCAGGGACAUGGUCUGCAAUAUGCUAGGGCUGAACAAGCAGACCUUGAACAUUGCUCAGCACAAGCAGCGCUGCCCUGUGCUGGAGGACCAGCUGGUGGAUCUGGUGGUGUAUGCCAUGGAGCGGUCUGAGACUGAAGAGAAGUUUGAUGAUGGUGGAACCAGUCAGCUUCUGUGGCAGCAUCUCUCCAGCCAGCUCAUUUUCUUUGUGCUCUUUCAGUUUGCAAGUUUCCCUCAUAUGGUCCUGUCACUCCAUCAAAAGUUGGCAGGCCGUGGGCUCAUUAAAGGAAGGGACCAUCUGAUGUGGGUGCUGCUGCAGUUCAUCUCGGGCAGCAUCCAGAAGAACGCGCUGGCUGACUUCCUCCCGGUUAUGAAGCUCUUUGAUCUCCUGUAUCCUGAAAAAGAAUGCAUCCCCGUGCCUGACAUCAACAAGCCCCAGUCCACCCAUGCCUUUGCCAUGACCUGCAUCUGGAUCCAUCUGAAUCGCAAGGCCCACAGUGACAACUCCAAGUUGCAGAUUCCCAUUCCUCAUUCUCUGAAACUUCACCACGAGUUCCUGCAGCAGAGCCUGAGGAACAAGAGCCUGCAGAUGAACGACUACAAGAUUGCCUUGCUCUGCAACGCUUACUCCACCAACUCGGAGUGCUUCACCCUGCCCAUGGGUGUGCUUGUAGAGACCAUUUAUGGAAAUGGCAACGUCAGGAUCCCUCUUCCAGGGACCAACUGCAUGGCAUCAGGGUCCAUUACCCCCUUGCCAAUGAACCUCUUGGACUCCCUCACAGUUCAUGCCAAAAUGAGCCUGAUCCACAGCAUAGCUACCCGGGUGAUCAAGCUGGCUCAUGCCAAAUCUAGUCUGGCCUUGGCUCCUGCUCUGGUGGAGACCUACAGUCGCCUGCUGGUCUAUAUGGAAAUAGAGUCCUUGGGCAUCAAAGGCUUUAUCAGCCAGCUGCUGCCAACAGUGUUCAAAUCUCACGCCUGGGGCAUUCUGCACACCCUGCUGGAAAUGUUUAGCUAUCGAAUGCAUCACAUCCAGCCUCACUACAGAGUCCAGCUGCUCAGCCACCUUCAUUCCUUGGCUGCUGUGCCACAGACCAAUCAGAACCAGCUUCAUCUCUGUGUGGAGAGCACUGCUCUGAGGCUGAUCACGGCUCUGGGCAGCUCCGAGGUGCAGCCGCAGUUCACGCGGUUCCUGAGCGACCCCAAGACUGUGCUCUCAGCUGAGUCCGAGGAGCUCAACAGGGCUCUGAUCCUGACCCUGGCCAGGGCAACUCAUGUGACAGACUUCUUCACAGGCUCUGACUCAAUUCAGGGGACCUGGUGCAAGGACAUACUGCAGACCAUCAUGAGUUUCACUCCACACAACUGGGCAUCACAUACACUAGACUGCUUUCCAGCUCCUCUGCAGGUGUUCUUUAAGCAGAACAAUGUCCCUCAGGAGAGCCGCUUCAACCUGAAGAAGAACGUGGAAGAAGAGUACCGCAAGUGGAAGUCCAUGAGCAACGAGAAUGACAUCAUCACACACUUCUCCAUCCAGGGUUCACCUCCACUCUUCCUUUGUCUUCUCUGGAAGAUGCUGCUAGAUACUGAUCACAUUAACCAGAUUGGCUACAGAGUGUUGGAAAGAAUUGGGGCCAGAGCCCUGGUGGCACAUGUCAGGACCUUUGCAGAUUUCCUGGUGUAUGAAUUCUCCACCUCUGCAGGAGGCCAGCAGCUCAAUAAAUGCAUUGAGAUUCUCAAUGACAUGGUGUGGAAAUACAACAUUGUAACACUGGACAGGCUGAUCCUGUGUUUGGCCAUGCGCAGCCACGAAGGCAACGAAGCUCAGGUCUGCUACUUCAUCAUUCAGUUGCUGCUGCUGAAGCCUAACGACUUCAGGAACAGAGUGAGUGACUUUGUGAAGGAGAACUCUCCCGAGCACUGGCUGCAGAACGACUGGCACACCAAGCACAUGAGCUACCACAAGAAAUACCCUGAGAAGCUGUAUUUUGAAGGCUUGGCAGAGCAGGUCAACCCCCCCGUGCAGAUCCAGCCCCAGUACCUACCCAUUUAUUUCGGCAACGUCUGCCUGCGCUUCCUGCCUGUCUUUGACAUCGUCAUCCAUCGGUUCCUGGAGCUGCUGCCAGUGUCCAAGUCCCUGGAGACUCUGUUGGAUCACCUGGGAGGCCUGUACAAAUUCCAUGACCGCCCUGUGACCUACCUCUACAACACCCUGCACUACUACGAGCUGCAGCUGCGGGAGCGGCCCAACCUGAAGCGCAAGCUGGUGCACGCCAUCAUCGGCUCGCUCAAGGACAACCGCCCGCUGGGCUGGUGCCUCAGCGACACCUACCUCAAGUGCGCCAUGAACGCCCGGGAGGAGAACCCCUGGGUGCCCGACGAUGCCUACUACUGCAAGCUGAUCGGCAGGCUGGUGGACACCAUGGCAGGCAAAUCCCCUGGGCCCUUCCCAAACUGUGACUGGAGGUUCAAUGAGUUUCCCAACCCAGCUGCCCAUGCCCUCCAUGUCACCUGUGUUGAGCUCAUGGCUCUGGCUGUUCCAGGCAAGGAUGUGGGCAAUGCACUCCUGGAUGUGGUGCUGAAGAGGUCAUUAGCAACAGAACAAGAGGCAAUGGCCUCUAACUGCAGCAGGUCAGGCUGGACGUUAGGCCAGCCCUUGGUGCCGAGGGAGAACAUCACAGCCUGGAUGAACGCCAUUGGGCUGAUCAUCACUGCCUUACCGGAGCCAUACUGGAUCGUGCUCCAUGACCGCAUCGUGAGUGUCAUCAACAGUCCCAGCCUGACGUCGGAGACCGAGUGGGUUGGUUACCCCUUCCAGCUCUUUGACUUCACAGCCUGUCACCAGUCCUACUCUGAGAUGAGCUGCAGCUACACCUUGGCUCUGGCACAUGCUGUCUGGCAUCAUUCCAGCAUUGGGCAGCUUUCCCUCAUUCCCAAGUUCCUGACCGAGGUGCUGAUCCCCAUAGUGCAGACAGAGUUCCAGCUGCUCUAUGUCUACCACCUGGUUGGGCCCUUCCUGCAGCGGUUCCAGCAGGAGAGGACACGCUGCAUGAUAGAGAUUGGAGUGGCCUUCUAUGAGAUGCUGCUGAACGCCGACCGCUACAGCGCGCACCUCAACUACAUGGACCCCAUAUGUGACUUCCUCUACCACAUGAAGUACAUGUUCACAGGUGACAGUGUCAAAGACCAAGUCGAGAAAAUAAUCUGCAAUUUGAGGCCAGCCCUGAAGCUCCGCCUGCGCUUCAUAACGCACAUCAGCAAGGUGGAGCCGGCUGCUGUCCCCCAGCAGGCCCUCAGCAGCGGGUCCCCAGCACAGCAGCCCAGCCAGGUGCCUGUCAGUGUCGCGCUGCCGGUGACACAGUGACAGCCUCGGUGGGAAGGCUUCCUUCUGCUGCUGACCAAGGUGGAACAUCCUGGGGGCUGCCACCUGCUCUGCUGAAGGAACGGGAAGAGAACCCCCUGCAGAGUCCUGCUUCCUUUGCUGCUGCCUAACGAAGCUCUCUGACUCUUCAGACCUGUUUGCUGAAGCUCUCCAAAGUGAAAUUCUGGUCGUGGGUUUGCAAACCUCUCUUGGCACUGAAACUGUUACGAAUUCUCCUCUUCCUGAGCCGGUUUAGGAGCACAGGCAUGGAGGAGCCUGUGGGAACAGCAUGUUCCAUGGCUGUUCUGCUGCGUGUUGUGGGCUGACACUGUCACCACAGGCACCUUUCUGAACUGCCUUAUUUCAUAUUGAAAUCGUUCUGGUGCUUGAUGUGGGACCUGGAGUAUCCCUUCUGAACUGGCACCUUGUUUCCAGUCACUGAGAUGUCAGAGGUGGGCUCCAGGGCCUUGUGUAACUCCACAGGAGCAACUUCUGAGAGCUGUUGGAAUUCUUCACAGCUUUGGAUUUCUUUAGCUUUAGUUGGGUUUUUCCCUUUCUCUUGUAGGUCUGGAAAGUUCACUUCUUCAGUGCUCUGGCAGGCAGCAGUGGGGCACAGAAGCAGCUCCCUCAACUAGCAUUGUAUUUACCUCCUGUGCAGUUUGGUAAGAAGCUGACUGCAGUCCACUGGCCUUGGUCUGUGUGCAGGUGGUGCCACAGCUGGGCUGGCACUAGCAAACCACUGAGAAACUUGGGUUUCAUCAGCACUGGGCUCCGUUUGAGCUCCUGACUUGGAACUCAAAGGCUGUGUCCCUGAGCCCUUGCUGGCUGAGGAGGUUUGUGGCUGCCGUGGUUUGGGCGUUGCAGGAUGCAGGGGGCAGGUCUCUGAGCACACACACAGCUCUGCAGAGCUCAGCAGGUUCCUGAGGGCACUAAGCCCUCCCUGGCUGGAGAAAGGAACCUCUGCUGCUAGACUGUGCUUGCAUCUGCAGCAGUGUUGGUGUGAAGGUGAACUCCCAGCAGUGCAUGCUUGGAGCUCGGUAGCUGCUCACCAGAGUCAGGUUCUGCAGUACUGGCACGGCAGAGGCAGUGGUGGAGCAGCUGCAGCCAUGUUUGUAGUGGGCUGGGGCUGGGCUGGGCAAGUCAAAGUCCUGCUUUUGGCCUUCUGCUCUCCAAAUCCUGCUCUUGGCCUUCUGCUGGAACUCAGUUUAUGAGUAGUGAGGGGAAACUUAAGGCUGAGGUUUAGGCUUUGGUUUUUUUUUGGUAUUCCAACUUACAGGUGGCCAGUGAGGAAUGGGCACACAGGUGCCAGGCCUCACCCAGCUGCUCUGGCUUCCAGAGAGAGUAUUUCUAGAGCAGUGCUGAGCUGCUGAGCCAACAGGUGGCUUAGGAGAACCUUGGGCUCUUUCUGUAGCCAGCAGAGGGAGGUUUCCUGGCUGGGGUCUGCUCUCCAGCUGUGCAGUCUGUGAUGCAAUCACCUGAACGCUCUGCCCUGCCUGGCACUUAGCAACGUUUUGCCCCAAGAUGUACCAGCUCAGAGGCUACAGCCAUUGUUUGUACUCAGUGUCCGGAGCAGGCUUUCUCACUUCUCCUCUCACAAGCAGGAUUGCUGGAGGGCUGUGUGGAGCUGUGGCAGCUGCAAAAUCCUCCAGACAAAUAGAAAGACUUUUCAUCUUU